AUGGUGAUGGAGCACCCGCCGGCGCCCGACGGCAACCACGCCGCUGGCGGUGCUGCCAACCAGGACGAGGAGGGCUGCUUAAUAGCUGGCCCAGAUAGGCUGGAAGCGCUUUGCAGCCUGCCGGCGGCGGCACAGCGGCUGCCGCUGGACGCUGCCUGCCGCGGCGUGCUGGCCGAGACUGCGCUUACAGGGAGGCAGCGCUACGAGUGGCGACUGCUGCUGCCGCUGCUGCACAGCAUGGUGGACUCGGUGCUGGCAGACUACAACCAGCAGGAGCAGGCAGAGGUGGGGCCGCAGCGGCCGCUGCCGCCCGGCUUCGACUCGCCCGCUGCGCUGGCCGCCCGGCUGCACACCCUGCUGGAGGGGUUCGAGGAGGCGCCCUUCACCCUGCAGCGGCUGUGCGAAGUGCUGCUGGAGCCGCGCAAGCAGUAUGGGCGGCUGGAGAAAUGGGUGCUGGCCGUAGAGAAGCUGCUGAUGGUGACCAGCACACGGCUGGCUGACGCCGCCGCCCUGCUGCCGCCUCCGCCGGCGCUGGCGUCCCUGACGGGGGUCAACAACAACCCGCCCUCGCCCUACAUCGAUGGACGCCCGCCCCAGGUGCUGGAUCAGCAGCAGCACCAGGCGCUGCUGCAGCAGCAGGCGGCGGCCAUGGCGGCAGCGCAGCAGCAGCACCUGCAGCAGCAGCAGCAGCAGCAGCAGCACGGCAGGCUGGGCGGGCUGCCCAACGGUCUAGAGGACCGCCCGCCGCCGCUGGAGGCCAUGGAUGGCGGCGAGCCGCACGCGGCGGCGGCCACUGCCACAGCCGCGGCGGCGGCGACUGCAGCAGAGGCGAUGCAGGUGGAUGUGGCGCCCGCCUCGGCGGCGGCCGCAGGGCCGCCCGCCAUCAGCGCCGCCGAGGCCGCCUCAGCUGCCCAGUUUGUUGAGUCUGCGCUGGCAGACGUCGAUGACGGCAUGGGAGGUGCUGGCGCCAAUGGCAGCCCGCAGGCGGCCGGCGGGCCGCCGGCGCCGGGGCAGCAGCUGCAGCAGCUGCAGCAGCAGUUGACGCCGCCAUUGUCGGCCGGGGAGGCCCCGAAUGGCACGGCCCCGGCGGCGGCAGCAGCAGCAGCAGCAGGCGGGCCCACCAGCAUGGAUGUGGCCCCGGCAUCCGCCCACCACCCGCAGCAGCAGCAGCAGCAGCAGCCUGAGCCCAUGGAUCAGUCCCCAGGGGUGGGCGCAGCUGAGCCCGCACAGCAGACUGCGGCCGCCACAGCCGCAGCAUCAGACGCCGGGAUCAGCCAGGUCAUUGCCCGCCUUCAGCAGCACCUGCCGCAGGCGGUGCAGGCGGUGCUGCUGCCCCCCCUCCUCCAGCACCACCCCAGCGCCGCGUCGCAGGCUCAGCCGGGGAGCCCAGCGGCGGCAGCGGGCGAGGCGGCAGCGGCGGCAGCAGGGAACGACGCAGCGGCAGUCUACCGCCUGGUGCUGGCGGCGUUGACCGAGCUUCCGCCAGACAAGGCAGCCGUGGUGCUGAGCCAGCUGCGGCCGCUCCUCCCGCCGCAGGUGCUGCAGCAGCUGCAACAGCAGGAGCAGUAG